AUGUCGGUCCAUGUCGACGUCACGCUGCUCAGCGGGAGAUCAGUAUCCAUCGAUGCAGAUCUCACUUCCUCGGUCGCCGAACUGAUGCAAGAGGCGCAGCACCUGCUAAAGAUUGGACCGGGGAUGCUCGUGCGCCCUUCUGGAGAAGUUCUUUGUGGCA